CUAAAGAGCUCCCCGCUAGGCACCGUCAGUAUAUCACUCCCCCUCUCCAAAUGGGACACCAGAGUCAGCCUCAUGUUGGUUUUCAAGAACAACAGCCCCACCCAACAGACGUCCCUCGCAGACAGUCCCGUCAAUCCUCGCACCGGCCUCCCAAUGCCAUCCCUCGCCUAUAUAUAUGCCGACCUACCCCGGCGGUCCACCGGACGGCGACGACAAUGACGGACCGGACUUCGGUUCCAACCGUCCCCGGCACGGCUCGGACUAUAGAAACUUCGGUGGUAACGGUCGGCGCCUAGACCACAACACGGUAUCAUAUGCUGGAGGGCUAGUCAAUACUUGGGACAACUUGCCUGUAGCCCGCUCGGCAGCUCCGUACCGCAUCAGGCGUGAGAAAACUGGCCAGUUCAACCCCGACGAGGUUGACACCAGCGGCACCGGCAUGAUCACAGACGGCAAGAACAUCACCUUCACGGACAUUUAUGCCUUUAAACUUCGCGUCAAAUCUUUAAUCGAGGAACCGGCAACCCAUGACGAAGCGGCAGCCCAAAUUGCGUCAUUCUUCCAGACGCUUCUGGGAGGAUCUGCCCCGUUGUGGUGGACCUCCGAGCUUACCGUCGAAGACAGGUUUGGGCUCCGUAAGGGAGGAUUGGGCCUCAUGAUGAAGGCCCUUAUUAAGCAAUACGGUCCCGACAUCGCGCACUCGACUGCCGAGUACAACAAAGGCAAGUUGAGAGUUGAGGACGUUGAUGAGGAUCCCAACGCAGUUACGCGUUGGAUUCAGCACAAAGUCCGGUAUGCGAAGUCUGCUGGGAUCCUCAACCCAGAUAAUAGCAACUGGCUCGGUGUCCUUACCCAGGUUUGGGCGCGAUUCGACCUCGCCAUCAAGCGUGUCAUUCCGCCUCCCGAUGAAGCUGAUUCCCUCGCCGACUCAGCACUGCCAACAACUCAAAUAAAGUCAACUCAAAUAACUCAAAUCAACUCAAAUAGCCAACUCAAAUAAGCCAUUUUUGAACCCAACUCAAUUCAAAUCGACCGGUUAUUUGAGUUGGGUUUAGCUCGGAUAUUUCCAUCGCUUGGGCCCUUUUUGGGCCCAGUUUCCCUGCAUUCCUGGGCUCAGGGCAGCAUUUGGCCAUGGCCAACCUGCGCUGUAACUAUCGCCAAGUCAACAAGCUUCCUUUCCUGCCUUCCUGCUGCGAAUUCGCUGCUUCCUCGCUUCCAAUAUGCGAGCCUCGACUAUUAAUACCGCGGCCCUCUAGUCGAACAGCCCGCACGCAGAAAAACGACCGCUUGAC